UUGCUCCCCAAGACGCCAAAGGCUUGGUUCUAAGUAACAAUGACUUCGCAAAAUGACAAAAACACGUGGAUGUGCCAACAAUCCAUCUGCACCCUUAGAUAGUCUCGUAUGGCGGCCUGCUCAUAGUGUUGUACAGCAGGCAAUACUUUUGUGAUUCGGAAUAAUAUACCACCCAGUUAACCCAAAAGUCCAUUCUCAUUGUCAUAUAAACCACCUUUGAGGUCGUCAAUAUGAUCAAGCACAAACAAAUUAAAACAAUGGCAACCACCAAUAUCUCCAUGUUCCUUCUUCCCAUAGUCCUGCUUCUCAUAUGGGUGUCUCCUGCAGCACUCUCAGAGAAGUGCAGCCCACAUGAGAAGAAAGCCCUCCUCCAAAUAAAGCAAGAACUGGGCAACCCAAGCAAGCUCUCAUCCUGGAACGCAUCCACCGACUGCUGCUCUUGGGACACAGUACAAGUAGGAUGCUCCAACACCAAACCUUACCAUGUCAGUCAACUAGAGCUCUAUGGGCUGGACCUCCCCGGCCCAGUUAACAUCCCUCCUUCCAUAUUCAACCUUCUUGAUCUUGAGGAACUCUCCCUAUUUGAAAUGCCCAACCUAACAGGCCCAAUACCUUCCCAGAUCACAAACCUAAAAAAGCUUAGCAUCCUCUACAUAUUCAGCACCAGCGUCUCAGGCCCGAUACCAGAGUCCCUGGCCCAAAUCAAGACUCUCUGGUCCAUUAACCUCGCCGGCAACAACCUCUCCGGCACACUCCCUCCCUCUCUCCCCUCACUACCAACCAUCAACGUGAUCUUUCUCGAUAGUAACAGGAUCUCCGGCCCAAUCCCAGACUCGUAUGGUUCUUUCACGUCAAAGAAACUGGUGACGCUGACUCUGUCUCACAACUUGCUAUCGGGGAAGAUUCCGGCGUCGCUGAAGGGGCUGGACGUGUAUUUUCUGGAUCUGUCAUGGAACAGGCUUGAAGGCGAUGGGUCGGUGCUGUUCGGGGCGGAGAAAUCUACCGAAGACAUAAGGCUUGCUGGAAAUUUGUUUUCGUUUGAUAUCGGGAAAGUGGAGUUUGGUAGGAACAUAUCGAGGCUGAAUCUGAAGCACAAUCGCAUUUACGGGAAGCUCCCUGAGGGACUGACGAAGCUGCAGCAUUUAACGAGAUUGAAUGUGAGCUAUAAUCAACUGUGUGGACCCAUUCCGCAAGGGGGCAGGCUGCAAGGCUACUUCCCUAUUGAUGCGUCUUCCUUCGCAAGUAACAAGUGCUUGUGUGGGCCACCCCUCCCUCCAUGCAAGUGAUCUCGGGUUGAAUGAGUACUUGUUCGCGCUUGUUAUUCA